GGGCGGGAGCGCGCGCGCGCGGACGGUCGGAAUGGCGACGCGGUGCUGCAGCGCGAGAUGCUCGGCUGAACGGAAAGGCUUCCGGCGCGAGCUCGACUCCUGGCGGCACAAACUCAUUCACUGCGUCGGGUUUGAGAGCAUACUGGAAGGAAUCUAUGGGCCGAGGCUGUUGCAGGAUCUCAGCAUAUUCGACAAUUGUGAGCCUGAAGCGACUGCCGAUUGGUCGACAGAUGUGCGCUGCUCCUUCUGUAACUUGCAGCUCGAAAAAAUCAGUGUAAGUGUUCAGCGAAUGACCGCUUGCCUGACUCGCCCCCAUGCCGAAACCCCCCCUCAGGGCAUCAACACCUCAGACACACUCCAGUGCCAAGCAGACCAAUUUCUGCAUGCAGUCUUACACAAGAAAGAAUUCCCUGAGAGCUGCGACCCCAUUAUUCCGUUGGCUGCGCAGGAGUUGAUGAGGAAGAUGAUUCGCCAGUUCGCUGUUGAAUAUGCGCAUAAAAUUCAAACAACUGAAAGCCAGAAUGCCAUCACACAAACAGAGCCAGAUGGACCGCUGGACCUGACGCUCAGCCGCAACACACAGUGUGCACAACAAGCAGAUGGCGUUCUCGACCUCUCAAAGAAGAACACACCGUCUCUGAACACCCUCACGCAACAAAGACUAUCAGGGAGACCGAUCAGAGACGAGCGCCUGGGCCGCAGCACUCAGUUUGCCGACGGUUUGCUCUCUAAAGCCGUGAAGGACGUUCGCUCCGGUGCGCUGGACCUUCACAAAGCUGCCAUACUAUACGGAAUACCUCAGAACACACUACGCCUCCACGCGGAUCACACACACUCCGGCACGGCGCCCCUGGCGCUCGCCAACCACAACGGAGUGACGCCGUCCCGCACAGCUCCGCACACAGGUGAGACCAAAACACCUACAUCCUGGACUCGGGCCCGGUCUGACCAAUCAGAGCGCAGCAAGCCGUCGGCGGAGAGCGCGGCGGCAGCAUCGCUGCUUCAUCGGCUGGUGUGCGAGCUACGAGACCGCAGCGGCGACGCGUGCAACACUCCAGCAGGGGGCUCUGCGCUGCUCCGCAUCCCUCAGGUGCGUCCAGGCGUAACGACUCCGCCCUCCGACCUCAGCGGCCUUGUCGAUGCCGUUUACCUCAACAGUAAGACCUCGGAUCGCGUCAAGAUCCUCCUCCCCAAACACAGCGACUGUAGCUCCACCCUCGAGUCCCGUCCCCUGCAGGGGGAUGUCCCCCCGCCGUGCGUCUGCGCCAGGAGCGCCGGCGGGAGCGCGAGCGCGGACGAAUGCGUGGAGGAGGGCGAGCGGCGCGACAAGCAGCCACGGAAGAAGCGCGGGCGCUACCGGCAGUACGACCACGAUAUCCUGGAGGAGGCUAUAGCCAUGGUGAUGGGUGGGAAGAUGACGGUGUCUAAGGCACAGAGCGUGUAUGGCGUCCCGCACAGCACGCUCGAGUACAAAGUCAAGGAGCGCAUGGGGACGCUGAAGACUCCGCCCAAAAAGAAGCCCCGCCCACCGGAACCAGGAACCUCAGGGAUAACGCUGAACGCCUCAAACGGUUUUAAACCUCAGUACUGGUUUCUGCAGGACUCAAAGUCAAACAAGACUUUUUUAAGAGAAGUAGGAAUCUGUGAGGAGCGAGAAGAAGGACAGGAGCGGAGAGUUACGGCGCUGGAGGAAGUGAUGACGUCGCUGUGCGCUCACCACAAAGUCCUGCUUUUGCACAUCCUGCAGGAAAUGGCCACGUUCUUACAAAACGAUGACCAUGAUGCGCAGAGGGAUGUGUCUGGGACGACAGGGACUCGUGGCGGACGCUGCUGUCGCACCGAUGAAUCACUGUGCGUGUCGAGUAGCCGUGUAGCAUUCGGGUGUGUGCGCCCGUGCAGACUCGAUAUGUGCGCGCUUCAAUCCAUGUGUCUGUGUGUGAACAGUUGUGGUGGCUACUCCUGCCCGGGCGUGACGCUCGGGUGUGCCAGCUGCUGCGCUCGUCCUCGGAUACUGGUGUGCCCCCACCACACGCAAAGCAAAGACAUCAGACAUGUUGCACAAACAUAUAGCUGCCACAGUCCAUCCCCUCCCACGCCGUCUCCUCCACCACUGUCCCCGAAACCGCAAGAUGCCGAAAGCAGUCAAGACAUGCCCACGUUAAACACAUACAGCCUGAAUACACAGCCUCCACCUCUCCUUUUGCACAACACACACACAGAUCAGACUGCUGAGACACACACCAAGCCUGAACACUUAAUAGAUUUAAUGGACAAGUUCACCGACACACUGAUGGAGGCAUCGGAGCGUGAGUGGAGCGUGCACACGGACAAGGGGGACAGUGUGAAAGUGUGUGACGAUGCACAAGUGACAGAGAUCAUCACUACUGUCUUACACAGCAGCAGUGAGAAGGACUACAACCUGAAGGAGCUCUUCGAACAGCACCUUGCCUCAGAGAAACGUUCCCCUCAGACACGCUUACAGAGGAGACAGGAAGUAAGGCAGGCCAUCAGCAGGCCACAUGACCAACCCGCAACACGCAGGCAGAGCCUACAGAUCAAACGAGACCUGGCACGACUUGAACCCUACAUUUCGAGGAAGAAAAGGAGAAAGACACACAUGAUUACCAAAAUUUCACACACUCAGAACCCAGACACGUCCACUUCACACAAUCAGAGCCGAGACAGGUCCAUCUCACACACUCAGAACCCAGACACGUCCAUCUCUCACACUCAGAGCCGAGACACAUCCAUCUCACACACUCAGAACCCAGACACGCCCAUCUUACACACUCAGAGCCCUGACCCGCCCAUCUCACACACUCAGAGUCCCGACACGCCCAUCUCACACACUCAGAACCCAGACACGCCCAUCUCACACACUCAGAACCCAGACACGCCCAUCUCACACACUCAGAACCCAGACACGCCCAUCUUAAAUGUGCAGAGUGUAGACACGCCCAUAUCACACACUCAGAAUCCAGACAUGCCCAUCUCACACACUCAGAAUCCAGACAGGCCCAUCUCACACACUCAGAGCCCUGACACACCCAUCUCACACACUCAGAGCCCUGACACACCCAUCUCACACACUGAGAGCCCUGACACGCCCAUCUCACACACUCAGAGCUCAGACAUGUCCAUCUCACACACUCAGACCCCCACCACGCACAUUUUACACAUUUACAGCCCAGACCCGUCCAUCUCACACACUCAGGGCCCAGACCCGUCCAUCUCACACACUCAGGGCCCAGACCCGUCCAUCUCACACACUCAGGGCCCAGACAAGUCCAUCUCACACACUCAGGGCCCAGACACGCCCAUCUCACACACACAGAGCUCAGACACGCCCAUCUCACACACACAGAGCCCAGACACGCCCAUCUCACACACACAGAGCCCAGACACGCCCAUCUCACACACACAUAGCCCAGACACGCCCAUCUCACACACUCAGCGCCCAGACACGCCCAUCUCGCACACUCAGCAUCCAGACACGCCAAUCUCACACACUCAGUGUCCAGACACGCCUAACUCAAAUGAUCAGAACCCAGAUAGGCCCAAUUUAUACCCUCAGAGGCCAGACACAGGCAAUGUACACAGUAACAGUUCAGAGAUCUGUACAGAAAAAUCGGAGCCCUGCCCUUUGAGGUCACGACGAAACAUUGUCCGUCCACAACACUUGUCUUCAUACGUCACUGAGCCGAGGAAAAUGUUUUACUCCGCCUGUCGCUCUGCUAAAACUAACAGCACCCCAACGCAUGGCACCAACACGACUGACCUCCCACCCAGUGCUGUGAUAGAACAACCCAAAUCUCCACACAUUCCAACUGUCAAGAGAAAAUUGUGUCAGGAUGAAGACGGUGAACAACCUCAUACUGAACAUGUGUUGAAAGACAAAGCAUGGAUCACAAGUCCUGUCCCUGAGGACUCCACCGACACAGACGACCUCAAGUAUGUCAGUCCCAUAAAACUCAUGUUGGUGUCAACUGUGAAAGAUGAAGAUGGUGUUAAGUACAUGCUCAGAGCUGCACAACCGCACCACGAUGAAGAAUUGUUCGAUCCCUGCAAGGAGGCUUUGUGGGCACGAAGCACAAUUAAAGAAUGGAAGGAGGAGGAAACUGUACAGACAGUAAACAAGGAGUGCACUGAAAAUCUCUCAGCAGUAGAGUCUGCUAGCGCAGAAUGCUCGCGUGACUGCAUGAAUGAAACCGAAUCGUCUUUUAAGAGGCGUCCUGGGCGGCCUAAAAAGUUAAAAGCUCCCACGGAGAAAACAGUGAAGCGUCCGAUUGGCCGACCCCGGAAAUCCAAACCGGUCGACACUGCUGCGGUUCCCAGCGAGGGCGUCGAAAAACAAGGCACAGAAGAGGUGUCGAGCAAAGAGCACAGCAAUAAAAACCUAAAGAUCACUAUUAAGUACGGGAGGAGGAAAGCACGGAGGAUGGUGUGCGAGGGACAAGUUCCUUCAGAAAGCAACGGUGCUUUUAUGCAAAGUGAAGAGAAUGCACAGUCCACGCAAGCACAGGUGUGCAUGACGAAAGAUCAGUUUAGCUUAGUAAUGCCUGUGGAAGAUAAAAAAAGCCUCACACAUUCAGUCGUAUGUCCAAAACAGAGUGACGGAGCAGUGACAAGGAGACCAGGACGACCGGCUAAGGUGAAAAUCUCAGGGAUUUCCGUUACAGUUACCACGGUUUCUCCACGACGACGAAAAAUCCACAUGAAGCGAGAUGCGAGGGACCCAGCAACACAGGGGCGACAGGAACAGCAUGAAGAGCAAGAGACAAUCACUGAGGUGACAAAAGCCUCUGUUAGACACUCAGCCAGAGAAAGAAAACCUUCUGUCCAUCUGCUGCAGUGCGUUGCGAUGUCACGUCCAACACAGUCACCCCGAUCGUGCAAACUGCUGCCGAACAAAGUUCCUCAAGCUCAGCAGCAUGACUCCAAAGAUGGCAACGACGCAGAGUCAAGCGGUUCUCCGCAGAACGACGUCCAUUUUUCAUCAGCAUCCAUCGAACCCCUCUUUGACGCGAAUCUGCGAUGGUGGCCAACCUCGGCAUCCCCCGAGAUGUUAAAGGAAGAGAUGAACAGGCGAAUGAAGGUGAUGAAAGACACAUGGGUUUCCGACGCAUCAGAUCCAACUGUAUCAGAUGAGGAGAACAGUUCUGCUUCAAGUUCCUCCGCAGUGAGGAUGCUGUUUGAGCGCGACUGUAGCAUGGGGACGCUUUGCUCCUGGUUCAUGCAGACAACCGAGACGCAGUCUCUGGCCAUUGUGAAGAAGGCCAACAACCGAAUUCCGUCGGAGGUUUUUCAGUAUAGCUCGGGCCUGACAAGAUACAGACCGAACGCGUGUUCGAAUCCACAAACAGAACGCCUCAGGAAAUGCAUCAAGAAAUUUGCCACGGUUGUCCCUAAGAGUCCGAUGAAGCUCAAGCAAGAACGACUAAAGCUUCACAGCACACAAAAUUGUUUCCCCACACGAAACAACGAUGCAGAGAAAUCCCAGCAGUUUGGGUCAUGGCGCCUUUAUAGAACUGCGCUAGGUCGAGCGAAAUCGCGAUUCAAAUCCAGGACCAAGAGCGUAGAGUAUAAAAGCCUGAACGAGCAGGACGAGAGUAGAAUUCAGCCCAAGAGUGCGUCUAGACACGAUCUACCAAACGCAGAACAGAGGGAGUCUCCCGGGCCAAACGCUUCGCAAAAGCAGAUCACUGCCAAUGCCUGGAUUGCACACACCCUGAGGGAGUGCAAAGUGUUUUUGAGGAAGUUGAACUCGGCCAACACAUGCUCGCUGUCUAAGGAGUCUGGCGACUGCACAGUGAGGUUCAGCGUAUCACCUGCUGGAGGGGGCUCAGUGCCACAUAGGAAGCAAAGGCUCAGGAAGAAAGUUCAAACGAAGACCACCUGCACAUGGCAGCAGUGUAAAGCAAACAGAAAGCGCAAGCUCUCCUGCACAAACACGUUGCACCUGUCCCCAAAACGGCAGAGGAGCAGCAGAGGAGUGAUGGCAGCCAAGUGGUCUGACUUUAUACUCGGUCCAGCCAGAUAGCAGCACUGCUCCUCACACUGUGUGCCUUUAAAAAAAAAAAAAAAAACGAUGAGCCGGGGGAAACAAGGACCCAGGAAACCCGGCGAAUGUCACAUAGCAACAAACUUUAUCAAACUUGCACUAUUUGACUGCAUUAUUUCUUGUAUUUUUCUUUUUUUUAGCGUUUUGAUUAUAUGUUCAGAGGAGCAGGUGCACUCGAUGUGAUCUCCGAACGGGUUCGAGCGAAUGCGCAGACGAUCGGAAAGAAAACUGCAUUAAUUCGUCUGAACGGAACUCUAUUUAAUUUUCAUAUUGCACUUACCUUUAAUUUUAUUUUAGAAACGUAGAUCGCAAGCAUUACUCGGCGUAGAAAAACACUCGGUCAAACAUAACGACAGCCUUUAGACCAGCUUACGAUGCUUUCUGAAUCGGCAGGGCCAGAUUUCUUCUCAAACAUGCUGCCUAGGUAGAGGGUGAAAUGCAGAGGGAGGGUGGUCAUGAAAGACACACACAGGUGUGUGUGUGAAGAUUCUGCAAGAUUCGCUUGUAGCAACUCUUAGAGAAAUAAUUAUACACAGGGUUCCUGCAUAUUUUCAUAUCAAAAUUGCAAACUCAAAUUAGCAGACGUGAUUUUUAAGACGUGUCGCAGUGUGGACUGUGUGUAAUUAAACGGAGGCUUUGAAAACCAUGGCGCAUUUUUAGUUGUUGCCACGAUGUUUCUAAGAUCCGGAAACUAAAUAAACGGCAGGUGGAAGUUACGCGUUUCCGUAGCGUCUUGCAUUUUGCUCGUCCGCAAUACAGUGUUUCCAGAUGUUUCAGUGUGGAUCAGCAACUUUUUGAAAAGUGAUUGAAUACGAAAGUGUGGACACGAGGGGGGUUUAAGGCAUUCCAAAUGUAUCCGGGUAACCUUUGUUUUAUCAUUUGUCUAAUUUAUAUAUUUUGGAAAACCGAAUAUGGUGAUAGUAUGGAAACACAUUUUUCAAUACUAAGUGCCCCGAAAUCCAUACUUGUACAAAACCUGUAGAAACCCUGUAUAUAAUCUUCAGUUGACUCGCAAUUCUUUUUAACACUUAUAUCAGCUCAGAUUUGUUUGGAGGAGAUUUAAUUAUCAUUUUAAACAAUUACAACAAACUUAUUUAGAUUAAUUGUUUCUCGGAUGAAUUCGAAGAGAUUUGACACAUCAUCAGCUUUUAAGGCCACCAGAACCGGUUAUAUCUAUUAUCGAGUAACAGAUUUUUGGAGAACUGAUUACUAAAGUGUGUGUGAACCCUUAAAGCAUUAAAAAUAGAUAAAUGCAUCCUUAUCUAUUAUUUACAACCACAGUGGUGAGGUUCAUGCCAUCGGUGCCUCUGCAUGUCAUGAAGUCAGGCAGCAGGUUUGAGCAUACAGAAAUUCAAACUCUGAAAAAUCUGUUUUUUUUUUUUUUAGUUCUCAUUUUUAUCAGCAUUAGAUUUAUAUCCAUUUAUACCUUUGUUGAAGUAUGCCAGGGUUUCACCACUUGAUCUGUCCACUGUCUCUGUAUUGUCUGUUAUUUCCCUUUACAAGCAACACAAACAAUAAAGCGUGAGGAUGAAGCAGACGCGACAAUUUCCAAAAACAGGGAAAACAAAAGUUCCCGUUUUGCGUAUGGCUUUUGCACAGUCCAGAAUAUCAUCGGCACAAAAAAAAUCUCAUUGACGUUUAAAUCCGAGGCAUUUCAAUUCGCCCUCGAUGAAUUGACCUGCACUAGUUUUUCUCCUGUAGCUUCUUAGUGCACUAGUGUGUGUUUGUUAAAUGCCUUUAAGAAAAGAAAAAAACGGCUGUGUGGAAUCGACAGCCGGAAGCAAGGGUUGGGAUUUCCGUCAUCGUAGCUGUACGUGUUGUCGUGAAAUACAUUGUGUUUGAUGAAAUUGUGUGUCGGAGCGAAAGCUGAAAGAAGUUUUGACAUGGUGCUAAACACUGUACAGAGCUAGAAAUAUACACACUUUUAUCUUUUCUAAUGUGAUUUGAACAUGUCCUGUCUCUAGACCAAUAAUUAAAAGGUGCUUCUUUGAAA